CGCAGAGAUGCGUGUCGCCACCUGGGUGUCAGAAGGGGGAAGGAGAACAGUAGUUGUCAUCUGCAUAGCAAUAAUAGGAGAGACCAAUUUAGCUAACAUUUGACUGACAUUUCCAAAACAACGAGAAGUUUCAUCAUUAGUCAGGCGAUGUCUUCAGUACAUAGGAAGCCACUCAGAGGAACAGAACCAGAUCAGACCACUGUGUCUGUCUGCUACCUCAGGCUCUAGGGAGACGUGGAUGUUGCAGCACAGUUGGGGAUUUGUACACACUGCCGUGUUUACAGGGUUUUAUUGAAGCUCUGUUGUCAAAGGUAAUUUAUUUCUCAUGCUUUUUUCUCUGUGAAAUGUUUGCUUUUACAGCCCAAACUUUGGAUUUCCUCUGUUUUUAACUGCAAAGAGUAGAACUAGUCCCUCUUGGUUUAGAAAUUGCAACAUAUGAAAUACUGUAAACUAAAAACAUGUUUUUCCUCCCCUGGAACAGCGGGAUCAGUGAAACUUAACAGGCAGCAGACAGACAUUGCGGUGAACUGGGCCGGUGUACUCCACCACGCCAAGAAGUCUGAGGCCUCUGGCUUCUGUUACGUCAAUGACAUCUUCCUGGCCAUUCUGGAGCUCCACAAGUACCACCAGAGGGUGCUGUACAUUGAUAUUGACAUCCACCAUGGAGAUGGAGUGGAGGAGGCCUUCUAUACCACAGACAGGGUCAUGUCCGUGUCCUUCCACAAAUACAGAGAGUAUUUCCUCGGGACUGGAGACCUCAGGAUGAUGGCCAAGGUGAUGGAGAUGUACCAGCCCAGUGCAGUGGUGCUGCAGUGUGGAGCAGACUCCCUCUCAGGAGACCGACUGGGCUGCUUCAACCUCACCAUCCGCGGCCAUGCCAAGUGUGUUGAAUACAUGAAGUCGUUCAACCUUCCCCUACUGAUGCUGGGUGGCGGAGGCUACACCAUCCGCAACGUGGCCCGCUGCUGGACCUACGAGAUGGCCGUGGCUCUGGACACUGACAUCCCUGAUGUCUUGAAGGAGUAUGACUGA